UCCUGUUGACAACAUACCUGACCUCCCGAGGAAAGUGGUGCCCUUUGUUAUACGUCUCUGAAAUCUACAAGCGGAGAACAUGAAGCCCAAAUCUCUUCCUUCGAGGCUGUUUGACAGGAAUUCAGCUGCAGCAUCAGAGGAGACUUCAACCAGUCGUGCAGCAAAGUAUCAACGGCAUGUUGACUGCAUGGACCCCCCAGAAACUCUGAAUCAGUCUUCCCACGACGACGGCCUGCAAGCCACUGAUGACAGUGGACGAAAGGACAAGUGGCAUAGAGAAUUACAUUUUGCUUUCUUGCCAGAGAGGUACAAGCCACUGAUAGAUGAUGAAGAAAAAGCCAGGGCAAAUCGGGAGAAGAAAAAGAGGAAGAAAGAAAACUACAAAAAAGUAAAGAAGAAUGUUGGAAAAGCGCUUCGCAUCACCUGGAAGUGUCUAAUGCUUGGUCUUCACAAUUUUGCCCUCGGCUACUCCACUCCGAUCACAGUCGCUGCUACUUUUGUCCCUGACUUUCACCAUGGGAACAGGACCUGAGCUGAUGAGCUGAUGAGCUGACCUGUCUGCUCCAGUUUUUUUGCAAAUUUCCAUGCACAUAAAGCAGGGGCCCUCACCAAAGACUUUUAAUACAU